UAAAUCUAAAAUUAACUUAAGAAAACUUCCCAAGCCAAAAGGCCAUCGGAUUCCCUAAAAAACUGACAAAAAAGCAAAACCCAGAUCAAGAAAAACCUCAGGAACCCAAAAAAAUGAGUGAAACAUUGAAGGACAAGUAUCAAGUAUGUGAAGAGAUCGGAAGAGGGCGGUUUGGAACAAUAACUCGAGUGUUUUGUCCUAUAACCGAAGCCUCAUUCGCCUGUAAAUCCAUUGACAAACACCUUCUCACAGACCCCACCGACCGAGAAUGUCUGGAAAACGAGCCUAAAAUCAUGACCCUUUUGUCUCCUAAUCCUAACAUCGUACAAAUCUACGACAUGUUUGAAUCAGAAGACACCCUUCAACUCAUCCUCGAGCUUUGCCAACCUUACACCCUUUACGACCAGAUUUUACAACCAGAUUUGUCUGAAUCCAAAGCCGCUUCUUACAUGCAACAGAUUAUGUCGGGUUUAGCUCAUUGUCACAGGUUUGGGAUUGUUCAUAGAGAUAUUAAACCUGAUAACAUUUUUUUUGACUUCAGAGGUAACUUAAAGAUUGGGGAUUUUGGUUCUGCUACUUGGUUAGGGGAACUUGGCACGGUCGAUGGGUUAGUGGGGACGCCUUAUUAUGUUGCUCCCGAAGUUGUGAUGGGCAGAGCUUACAAUGAGAAGGUUGAUGUUUGGAGUGCUGGUGUCGUUUUGUAUGUUAUGUUAGCUGGUGCUCCACCGUUUUAUGGUGAGACAGCUGAGGAGAUUUUUGAGGCUGUUUUGAGAGGGAAUUUAAGGUUUCCUACAAGGAUUUUCAGGUCAGUUUCGGCUGAGGCUAAGGACUUGUUGAGGAAGAUGAUUUGCAGAGAUGUUUCUAAGAGAUGGUCCGCAGAACAAGUUUUGAGGCACCCCUGGAUCUUGAAUGGAGGGGGAACAACUUAAAUGGACUGAUUUUUAACAAUGAAAAGAGCUGGAAAUUAUCAGUCAAAAGCAGAGCAUAAUAGCUUAUCAAUGUAAAUAUUACGCCUGCCUAUCAAAUUCCAUAAGGUCCCCCUAGCUUUCUUCUCUACAAAGCAAAAGUCAAACCAAACACUCCAUGAUGGAUUCUUCCGCAGAAUUCAGUUUUCCAAUGCCAUGAAAGCAACAUAGAGAAUUGAGUUUCUUCACAUGGGUGCUCAACCACCAAGAACCUACCAGUCUUUUUUAAUGUCUUUUUUGGGUUUUUUUUGCCCUUUCUUUGAAUGUUUUAAUAAGGAAGCAAGAGAGUGUACAAAGAUAAAUAGUAGGUUGAAUGGUUGAUAAUCCUCCUGUACUUCUCUUUUUGUUAAUAAAAGUAUUAAGUAAGCGAGAAAGCCUAGGAAACCAAGCUGUUGUUGAUUCUCUUCUACCGUUUAUAUAUGGGAAUCUAGUAUGCUUUAUUUUUUUC